AUGAUGAAGCUCAUCUACUUGCCGCUGCUCCUAGCAGCGUGGUUGAUCUCCGCUGAUCUUGUCGCUGAUAGUCAUCAGCGCCGCAGUCUUAUUCCAGCCAAGAGUGUCGACAAUGUCUUUCUCAUUCGACGUACUAUGAGCCUGCCUGAGCCAGGACACGAGGAAGAGUUCAUCAUGAAGGAAACGGCUGAUGCGGUUCCUGCGGUAUGGGAAUUUGUGCAUGAUGAAAAAGGCGUGAAAGAGGAAAUCGAUAUGAACACUGCUCUCUUCCAGGACUUCAAACAAAAGCGAAGUGUAGCGGCCAUAGAGUUGAAAGGUUGUACCGUGUUAGCAAUCAUAAGUCGUAAAGGCGUAUACAUGGGACAUUAUUGGGAGGAUAUCUCGUUCGUUACGGAUCAGUCGUUGAUAGGAGGUGAAGACACACAGGAGGCCAUUUUUGAACGGACAGUACUUAAUGGAAUCCGGGAUGGCAUAAAGGGACCAAAACGCGCAACGCAGAUGUCUUUCACGAGGUUCGCACAGGAGCUUGGUGACGAACACGUUCGAGCUUUUCUCAUACGUCCCGAUAGGAACUCAGCUGAUGGCCCGGAAGGAUAUCCCGUCCAAUGGCAGAAGAUGAAAGAGGUGGUAGUGAGUAUUAUGCCCAAGAUUGCGGAGGACGGAAGAUGGAAUGAGGUUAUCUACACAGCAGGUGCCACGAGGCAGGUUCUACAAAGAACUUCGGCAGGUAGAGUUUUGUUCAAAAUAGACCCCGAACAUGUUGAGAAAGCCUCUCGAAGAGCCAAAGCCACGCGCUUGGCUGUCUUGUGGGUUGAGACUCGGGAGGUCUACCGCGAUGAGUGGCAGGAAUGA